CCGCCAGGCUGUCCGAGAGCCGGGUGUCGGGUACGAGCAUCUUUGCCCUUCGGGAAGCAGACCCCAUUACCUGCGAGCACCGACCCUGAGGAGACAGCCGGACCUGGGAGCUGUCUAAACCCAGACCCCCCACCCUGGGGUGGGGGGUGGGGGCUCCGGAGGAGGCAUCAGGGAGGCAGCGUCCAACCCAGUCCGGCCUGCGCUAGAACAGCCCCACAAUGUGAUUGGGAAGCCCCGGUCGUAUCCUCCUGCAGUGGCCCCGCCCGGUGGGGCACGGGGGUUCGGGAGAACUCCCGCUGAAGUUGCGGCCCGCUGGCCGACCCCCGCCCUCGUGACCGUCUCUUCUCGCUGCUGGAGGAGUCCCCCCUGGCCGGCUCAGGCUGUCCCUGGGGCUCCCCGGCCGGGUGCCGCCUCCCCCGGGGCCGCCGCCUCCCCGCGCUCUGGCCCCUGCGCAGUGACGAACCCUCCGCAGGGCUGACUCGCACGCGCCUCAGCCGCCCCCCCGCGCCUCCCGCCAUGCCGACCAGCACCGGCUCGGGCGCCUCGGCGCGCCGCUGCCGCAUGGAGGACCUCACGGCCGAGGUCCAGGCCCUGCGGGCCCAGCUCCUGCAGCAGACCGAGGAGAACAGCUCCCUGCAGACCCAGCUGCUGCAGCUGUCCGAGGAGAACGCCAACCUACGGGGGCAGCUGCAGGCCACCCCGGUGGGCGCCAUGGGGCUCUCGGCCCCCCGCGGCAAGUGCCCCGUGGGCCUGCCCGAGAAGUUCGACGGGACCCCCGAGAUGCUGCCCAGCUUCCUGGCGCAGAGCCGCCUCUACAUGGAGCUGCGGCCCGAGGACUUCCCCACGGAGCACGUGCGGGUCUGCUUCCUCACCAGCCUGCUCAAGGGGCGCGCGGCCCGCUGGGCCACCCCCUACCUGCUGGAGUCCAGCCCCCUGCUCAACAACUACGAGGCCUUCAUCGACGAGUUCAAGCAGGCCUUCGAGGACCCCCAGCGCAAAGAGGCGGCCAACCGCAAGAUCCGCCGCCUGCGCCAGGGCCUGGGCUCCGUGCUGGACUACGCCAGCGCCUUCCGCCUCUGUGCCCAGGACCUGGACUGGAACGAGCCGGCCUUCAUCGACCAGUUCCUCGAGGGCCUCAGCGACCCCAUCCAGGACGAGCUGGCCCGCGUGGAGGUGGCGCGCUCGCUGCCCGCGCUCAUCAACCAGUGCCUGCGCAUCGAGGGGCGCCUCAACUCGCGCCGGGGCGCGUCCCCGUCCGGCUCGCCCCAGCCGCAGAGCGCCGCGUCGCCGCCGGCCGAGUCCGAGUCCGGCCAGCUGGUGAGCCGGCCACAGCUGACCCCCGAGGAGAGGGAGCGCCGCCGCAGGCUGAACCUGUGCAUGUACUGCGGGCUGGCUGGCCACUACGUGGACAACUGUCCGUCCAAGAAGCCAAAGUCUUCUGGGGUGGGAAACUCCCUGGCCCCGCUGUAGAGGGACCCCCAGCGCCCGGGCCUGAAACAGAAAGGUCCCCCCCAGAUGACGCGUCAUCUUCUCACUUGCAACUGCUGAUCACGCUACACCUCCCGGACGGCUCCUACUGCACCGU